AUCCCAUAGCUGAUGAUCAGUUUGUAACAUUAUUUACUAUAUUUUUUUUAGUCAACACGUGUGCAAUACUUUUUGUUGAUUGUUUCUCCGAGUGAACCAAAUAUAAUCUUCAAUUAUUUUAUGCCUAAAUCUGGGUAUAAUCUGAUAAAUCAAUUGAACAAUGAUUGAAAUUAAAUAAAAAUAAUCAUUUGCUAGUGAUAGGAAAACCCUUUUGAACAUUAGUGUCUUGAUGUUGCUCUACUGCUAACUAAACUUCAGAGCCGAACACCGUUGAUGGCCUUUUCCUGUUCUUUCAUUCAUUCUGAAAUUUACUCGGUUUGUUUUCAAAAGGAUUGAUGGUGUGACGUUAGCUCAUAUCUCUUCCAUUGUUAAAGUUACAGUACUUGUUCUCCACCCUGAAAUAAUAAUCACCAUUGGAUCGUUUUUUCUUCUUUUCUCUCUACUGUUUUGAGCAUAACGAAUCAUGAAAAUACCAAAAAAACAAGCAAAUUUGAGAAAUGGUCUCAUUAAUGAUCUUCUUGAAAAAUGUUUAUUCUAUUCAACUCGCAAUGAAACUAAUCAAGAAGCUUUGAUUGAGGAGUUCAUUGAUUUGGAUUCGAUCGCAACCAAUAUUAGGAAAAUUGAAACAGGUCUGUUUGUGCAACACCACAGAGAAGAUCAUUUGAAGGAAUUCAUCACUUGGCUGAAGUCCAAUGGAUGCUUUAAUGAGUCACUUGACAUCAUAAAUUUUGACGCAUCACUCAGAGAAUAUGGACUUAUAACUAAAAAAGCUACAUUAGAAGAUGAACUGGUCCUGAAAAUCCCAAAAAGAUUAAUGAUGACCACAGAAACAGCCUUAAAAGAUACUAGUCUUAAAUCUGCAGUAUUGGAAGACCCACUGCUUAAAUCAAUGCCUAAUGUUUUGUUAGCUUUUCAUUUGAUGAUUGAAUAUUGUCAAAAGGAUUCAUUUUGGAAACCUUAUAUUUUGUUUCUCCCAUCAGUCUACUCAACUCCUCUCUAUUACACCAAAGAAGAUUUACUUUUGUUGAAAGGUUCUCAUGUUUUGCUCGAGUCCGUUAAACUUGUGCGCAAUAUUUACCGACAAUAUGCAUAUUUUUGGAAAAAGAUGUCCUCUAAAAGCUCAUCUAUCAACAAAAUCAAAGAGCUCAAAGGCUUAUAUUCCCUUGAUCUUUAUCGCUGGGCAAUAUCUACAGUUAUGACUAGACAAAACCAGAUUCCAACUUCAGCAUCUCAUGGACCUGAUCAAUCUACAACCGGACUAAUUCCACUCUGGGACCUUUGUAAUCACCAAGAUGGGAAAUUUUCAACUGAUUAUGAUCCAGUUGAAUCAAAUUUACUUUGCUAUGCAAUGAAAGAUUUUUCAAUCAACGAAGAAAUUACCAUUUUUUAUGGUAAACGAACCAAUGCUGAAUUUCUUAUCAAUAAUGGUUUCGUCCCUGCUAACAAUCAACACGAUUUUAUGUCCAUUCGAAUGGGUCUUAGUAAAGUGGAUCCAUUGUUUGAGUUACGAUCUAAAUUGUGUCUUAUGAUGAACUUGCCGACUUCAGGUUAUCUCCCUCUUCACCAUAAAACAUUGGGACUGGAUGAGAAUCUACUUAAUUUUGUUAAAAUUUUUCUCAUGGAUAAGGCUACAUUAGAAAAAUUAUUGAAAAGUGAUCAGUUAAUAACAAACGCGUCUUUCAACGAUCUUCCUGAUGAUUUGGCUCUAAAAGCUUUCAAUUUCAUCUCGAUUAGAUGUCAGAUAUUACUUAAAAGUUAUCCUAAUUUGGACAAAGAGCAAAAUAACUUAACCCCCUGCGGCCACCACAUUAUUCAGUUGAUUGAAUGUGAGAAAAAUAUAUUAUCAUCUCAUGUGAUCAACGCAAUUCAGAGUACUAAUGGAAAAUAAAAUUAUUUAUCUGCAAAUCUAAGGAUACUUCACCGAUCAAUUUGCAGACUAUGUUCAAUUGGACCGAAGCAAUAUUGGAUAUGAAAUAUUUAAAUUCAUAUUAUUCAUUUAUCUAUUACAGCAAAGGUUACAUUUUAUCUUUAUAAUUGAUCAGAUUAAUAUACUUAUAUCAAAUUUGUAACUUAUGUUUGCCAAGGAAAACUCGAAAUUUUUGUAACCGAUUUGACUAAUUUUAGGAACCAUAUUGUUUUUUGUUGUAUCCAGCUGAAUCAGACUAAAAUAUUGUCCAAUUUCGUGUCUCAAUUAACAGGAAUUUUGUUGAUAAAAUAUUAAAUUUACUUAUCAUCGAUUUGCAA